GCAGGGCUACAUUGCCAGCCCACGUUCGCGAGAUGAUUACUAGAAGGCUGUAUAAGAAAAGACAUCUCGCUAAGACUGUUAAAGACUCGGACCUUCUCUUUCGUACCUUCCUUGACGCAUGAACCUUAUACAUGGACGAACUUUACGCGUCGUUGCCUGCGAAGGACCCAGGCGCAAUCAGGAUCCUUGAAAUCCAACCAGGUGCUUUCGAGAGCGACAUUAUCCUAUCAUUGCAAAGCGCUUCACUUCAUGAUCCUAAUGUUUAUUAUGAAGCUCUUUCCUACACCUGGGGGGAUCCCGGCGAUACUGAGGCUAUCUUCUGUGAUGGUGUUUCCUUUAGAGCCACCAGGAACCUCUACGUCGCGCUACGUCGGCUAAGGGAAAACAAGCGCUACAGAAUCUGGGCAGAUGCACUGUGCAUCAACCAGAGCGACAAUGACGAGAAAGCGGUUCAGGUCAAACAGAUGUUACAAGUAUACAAACAAGCAAAAGUUGUUUGGAUGCACAUGGGAGCGGAAAGUGAGGUGGAGUACGAGGAUAAGCUUUUCGAACUGAUGAUAAGUCUUGAUCGUGUACUGAACAGAUUUGAAGAGCAGGAAGAAGCAAGUGUCAUCCGUGCAUCAGACUUUCCUGCACUUGGGUUACCGCCGCUUGAGGAUAAUUCUUGGUUCAUGUGGCAAAAGCUGCUCGCCAAUCCUUACUUCACAAGACUGUGGGUGAUACAAGAGUUUGCUGUGUCCAACCCAUUGUAUAUUAUGUAUGGCACCAAGUACUUUCCCUGGUGGAAUCUUUAUCACAUAAGCGCCCGAAUGCAAAAACACGGAAUCGGCGAAGAAAAUAGGGCGAUGUCUGAUCCUCGCGUCGGACUGGCUGCUGUUCAGGGCAAAAAUGGGCUUGGAAACUUGUAUAAAUGUCAUUUUUCGUACCAUGAAGGGAUUCCAUUGAAGAUUGGGUUUCUCCUAUGGCUGGCACGCUUUGUUAAUUGUUCUGAACCAAAGGACAAAAUCUUCGGAAUAUUAGGAAUUGCAGGUGACAUCUGUCACGAGGACCCAGAUUUCGACGUUCGAUAUAGCGAUGAUGAGUCUCUGUCAGCGCUCUUUCUUCGUACUGCAAGAGGUAUGAUUCGAACGAAAGCAUCGCACACGCUUGAUCUACUCUUUGAGGGAGGGACAGCGCAUAACGAACGCAAAAAGGAUUUGCCUUCAUGGAUACCUGAUUGGACGAGUAGACGAGCUGGUUCCCCUUUAGGAGGGUUGGCAGAAUCUGCCGGGUAUCACGCUGCAGAUCAUUUAGAAUUGUAUGUUGAAUUGGAGGGUAAAAUUUUGCGUGUUCGCGGCAAGGUCGUAGAUCGUAUAUCUCACCUGUCAUCAGAGUUUAGGCCAGAUACGCAAACGGAGCAUGACGAUCUUUAUUACGGUAUAGCGGUUGUAAAGUGGCUUCGUGAAGUUUUUGACAUUGCAAAAGCUGUCUGGCCAGGGAUUUUUUUCAAUGAAGAAAAAAGAGAGGCCAAGGAGAGUCUUUGGAGAACUUUGAUAUGUAACAAAACCCAUAACGAUGGACCUGCUCCAGCGGAGUAUGCCGGAAGCUUCGAACAUUUGCUUGUUCGUCAACGAUUUGUAGAGGACGAACUGGGCAGAAUUAAGGACGAAAGCAAACUCAUGAUAUAUGAUGAGACGGCACAAUAUCGACGAGCAGAUGCUAAGAGCUUGCCCUAUCGGUUGGCAUUACAGAAUACUAUGUAUACAAAAAAAUUUUGCGUGACCAAAGAGCUGGGAAUGAUGGGUAUGGUACCCGGUAGAGCAGAGGUUGGCGAUUGUGUGGUCGUUAUUGCAGGCUCUCCAGUUCCGUUUAUUUUUCGAGAGUUGGCCUUGGAGAAUGAAAGUGACUCAAAUUGGAAGCUGAUACAAGAAUGUUACAUCCAUGAUGUCAUGGAUGGUAAAUAUGCCAUGGUAGACGAUCCAAAAUUGGAUUAUAUGAUGAUUGCAUGA